CUUCUUCAAAUAACACCCACACAAAAUAUCUUCCCUAGUAGGAACCAAAUCUCUUCGCAACCCACCUGAGAAAGUUUAGAUAGAAAGAGAGUUUAGAGAGAGAAAGAGAAGGCAUCCAUCCUUCUCUGAUCUCUCGAUCCACAUCCAUUCUUGAAUCCAUGGCGGAAUCCAAGAAGUACAUUACAUCUGAAGACCUCAAGAGUCACAACAAACCAGGAGAUCUGUGGAUCACCAUACAGGGCAAGGUCUACGAUGUCUCCGAUUGGGCCAAAGACCACCCAGGUGGUGAAACCCCUCUGUUGAAUCUCGCCGGCCAAGACGUCACAGAUGCGUUCGUUGCUUACCAUCCAAGCACUGCUUGGCAAUAUCUCGACAAAUUCUUCAAUGGGUAUUACAUCCAAGACUACACUGUUUCAGAGGUCUCCAAAGAUUACAGAAAGCUCGUCUUCGAGUUCACGAAAAUGGGUUUUUUCGAGAAGAAAGGGCAUGUGGCUUUCUUCACAUUUGUUUCUAUGGCAUUGCUGUUUUGGGCCAGUGUCUAUGGUGUGCUGUGCUGUGAUGGGUUCUGGGUUCAUCUCUUGUCUGGUGCUUUGAUGGGUUGUUUGUGGAUUCAGAGUGGGUGGAUUGGUCAUGACUCUGGGCAUUAUCAGAUCAUGAUGACUCGGAGGAUCAAUCGAAUCACACAGGUUCUUGCUGGGAAUUGCAUUUCAGGGAUCAGCAUUGCUUGGUGGAAGUGGAAUCACAAUGCCCAUCACAUUGCCUGCAAUAGUCUCGAUCACGAUCCUGAUCUUCAACACAUGCCAUUCUUUGUGGUAUCUUCCAAAUUCUUCAACUCUAUUACUUCUUGCUUUUAUGGCAGAAAGUUGAAUUUUGAUUCCUUUACUAGGUUCUUAGUGAGUUAUCAGCAUUGGACUUUUUAUCCUGUUAUGUGUGUUGCUCGUAUCAAUUUGUUUGCACAAUCAUUCUUCUUGUUGUUAUCCAAGAGAAGGGUACGAAAUAGGGUUUCGGAAAUGUUGGGGAUUGCUGUGUUCUGGAUUUGGUAUCCCCUCCUUGUUUCGUGCUUGCCCAAUUGGGGUGAGAGAAUAAUGUUUAUCAUUACAAGCUUUUCAGUCACUGGAAUUCAACAUGUUCAGUUUUGCUUGAAUCAUUUCUCUUCGUCUGUUUAUAUUGGACCGCCUAAUGGGAAUGAUUGGUAUGGGAGCCAAACUAAUGGAACACUUAACAUUACGUGCUCGCCUUGGUUGGAUUGGUUUCAUGGUGGAUUGCAGUUUCAGAUUGAGCAUCAUUUGUUCCCACGUUUGCCUCGAUGCAAUCUCAGGAAAGUCUCACCUUUUGUGAAGGAGCUUUGCAAGAAGCAUAAGUUGCCUUACAACACUGUGUCAUUCUUGAAGGCCAAUGCUAUGACAGUUGGAACGCUGAGGAUUGCGGCUUUGCAAGCUCGGGAUCUCACUAACCCGGUUCCAAAGAAUUUAGUGUGGGAGGCUGUUAACACUCACGGAUGAGAUUGGGAAUUUUAUGAAGAAGUAUUUCGUAUUCUAUUGCACUUAUUUAAGGUUAUCGAACUUAUGGCUAUUAAAAUUUACUCUCAUUUUUUAAGGGUUAUCAUCCUUGGUACUUCAAUGAGAGAUAUAUUGUCUGUUAAUUAUUGGAGGCUUCAAUGAUUUGGUUUCUGAUUUGCAUGUUUGCAGGGUUGGCCCUUGCCCUUUUCAGAUUAGGCAACUAUUUAGUUGAUCCAGUAUGUUUUAGUUAUUUGUUAUCUUGUUCAGGUACAUAUUGUGGUCGACUUUAUUCCAAGUUAGCUUGGUAGUUCACUAUGUAUUUCUGAACUCUAGGUCUGUGGUCCCUAUAUAAAAAGGUUUGAGUUGGGUUGAAGUGCCA